AUAAAUAUAGGAGAAGAAAAAUUUGAUUUAUAAUUUCAUCAUACCUUCACUGUCGCACUUGUGGAUCUACCGUAACAUCACGAUAGCCAUGCAGUCCGUGCGUAGAUGCUUAGGAGCUCUAUGGGGUUGAUUGGCAUUUUUCAGUGGAUCACACUCUUUGAGAUAGUCAGUGUUGUGUUGGAGGGUAAAAUCAAAAUCGGACCGUGUGAUCGUUGAUCAGGACGCGUGAUCUGCUGUCGAAGGGGUUGAAGGAGGCUCGGCACAGUGGAGUAGUGCGCGAGUCACGAAGGGGUGCACGAUGCCCCCCAUAAUAGGGGAGACUCUGCGCGUAUGGUUUCUCUCGGCUUUGGUAGUGCACGGAGCUGUUGCGGGAAAUCCGGACGCGAAACGCCUCUACGACGACCUCCUCUCCAACUACAACAAGCUGGUGCGUCCUGUGGUGAAUACCUCGGACGUGCUUCGCGUGUGCAUCAAGCUUAAGCUUUCGCAGCUCAUCGAUGUGAAUCUGAAGAAUCAAAUCAUGACGACCAACCUCUGGGUGGAACAGUCGUGGUACGACUACAAGCUGCGAUGGGAGCCCAAGGAGUACGGAGGGGUGCACAUGUUACACGUGCCUUCGGAUCACAUAUGGCGACCCGAUAUAGUUCUUUACAACAAGACCAAUCGCGAUCACGUGGGGUUGUUCUUCGGUGAUUGCAGCGCCGACGGCAACUACGAGGUGACCCUGAUGACCAAGGCCACGGUCUACUAUACGGGGCUGGUCGUCUGGCAACCACCAGCCGUUUAUAAAUCGUCCUGCUCCAUCGACGUUGAGUUCUUUCCCUACGACGUACAGACCUGUGUUUUGAAGUUAGGCUCAUGGACUUAUGAUGGGUUCAAGGUGGAUCUGAGGCACAUGGAUGAGAAAUCGGGCAGCAACGUCGUCGACGUCGGCGUCGAUCUUUCCGAGUUCUACAUGUCCGUCGAGUGGGACAUUUUGGAAGUGCCUGCCGUUAGAAAUGAAAAAUUCUACACCUGCUGCGACGAACCUUAUCUUGACAUAACCUUCAAUAUCACCAUGAGACGCAAGACGCUCUUUUAUACAGUCAAUAUCAUCAUACCGUGUAUGGGAAUAUCGUUUCUUACGGUUCUCACGUUUUAUCUGCCAAGCGAUAGCGGCGAGAAGGUGACUCUCUCUAUAUCCAUCUUAAUUAGUCUACACGUGUUCUUCCUUCUGGUCGUGGAAAUUAUUCCACCCACUUCGCUGGUGGUGCCACUUCUUGGGAAAUAUCUUAUAUUCGCCAUGAUACUGGUUUCCAUAAGUAUAUGCGUCACUGUCGUGGUACUCAAUGUUCACUUCCGUUCUCCACAAACGCACAAAAUGGCACCCUGGGUCAAGAGGGUGUUUAUACAUAUUCUUCCGAGACUGCUAGUCAUGAGAAGACCUCAAUACAAAUUUGAGACAAAUAGGUACUCAUCAGGGAGGGUCUUGAUGAGAACAGUAAGAGGUAAAGAGAAAACCUGCUACUAUCCUUAUCAUCAAACUGCCCAAGAGGACAGUGAUGAUCAUCUAACACCAAAGCGAUUUCACAGUCGAGUACCAUCCAAAGAAGAUCUAUCUCCGUCUAGCCUGACGGAUGGGGCCAGAUUUGGCGGAAGCUGUCUGAUUCAUGGUCCACCGUUACCCCCACUUCCGCUUCGUACGGAUUGCGAGGAUCUUUCUGUAUCCGGUGAAGCUGUUGUAGAGGAAGUGAAGAGUCCUGUUUUAAGAAAUCCACCGGCAUUCUCACAUUCCGGAUGUCCACCGGAAGUCCAUAGAUCUUGCAUUUGCGUACGGUUCAUCGCUGAGCAUACAAAGAUGCUUGAGGACUCUACGAAGGUCAAGGAGGACUGGAAAUACGUAGCCAUGGUGCUCGACCGACUAUUUCUCUGGAUAUUCACCCUUGCUGUAUUAGUAGGAACUGCUGGAAUUAUUCUUCAAGCCCCGACGCUCUAUGACGACAGAGUCCCAAUUGAUAAGAAAUUCAGUGAAUUCGCGACUACCACUGUAGUGAGGUGUCCGCCCCAGUAGUCCACGCCCGAGCCCUGCACCGUAGAAAAAGACUAAAGAAUCCACCCCGAUCUCCCAGUCUGAGCGUCGCGUGCGAUUACGCGAAAUUUAAAGAAAUUACGGCAAAAGGGCUCCGCAGAAUUUAUCAUGAACACUUUUCACGUCUUUCGAAGCAAAGGAUAUCGUACGAAAUUGAAAGAUGAUGGUUUAUCUCGAAAGGCAGCACUAACGAUGGCUGCCAAUAAAAAUGUUAUCCAAUACAAAGUUUACGUAGUCACGUCCACGGUGAACCUCGAACUUUGCUAAUUCCAAUUUGAUUAAGUAAAUUGAUACUCAAUCCGCAUUGGAAUUAGAUUUUAAUAUCGUAAUACAUCGUAUUUCAUAUAUAAAACAUAAACGUCCAUCGAGACCUUACUACUGUUAUCAUUAUCAAAGAAAAUGAACCGAAUGAACAGGAACGAAAAGUACAGGGGGAAAAAAAAAAGAAAUAGGAACAACAACAAUACCACUAUUUGCCAUUAUAAUUAUCUCUAGAUAGUUAACUGGAAAUAAAAUGGUUUGUACUCAUUAAUAUUUCUAUACGAGCGCGUAGUAAUGUUACACGUACAAUUUAAUGAAAAAAAAAA